AGUUUUUGCAAAUAAAGGGUAUAAAAAAAGGGUCGCAAAAGAUAUUAGAAGUUUUGCAGAUAUUUUUAAGAGACUAUAAUGGUCUUAUCCGUUUGCUCCGUUUUAUAUGGCGAGGUGUUUACGUGAAGCAAAAGAGUAAACGUUAAACAGUAAGCACAAGGACACCAUGUUUUGCAUAUCUAACCUUUCUUCUAUGGCCAAACCAAUUGUGGCUAACGCCACGCUUCCUCAAAACACCGAUUCUGAACAAAACAACGUUCCUAAACCGCCACUCGCCGCCACAAAAAGUUCACCACGCGCAAAUAGACUUCGGAAUGGGCCACCAAAACCCUCCGUAAUGCAAAUGGAACGCGUUGUUGGCGCUGGCAGCUUCAGAGACUCCGAUCCUCCUCCUCUCAGGGGUUCAGACAUGCGGAAGACUGUGAUGGACCUGUUCUUGGGGCAAGCAAUGGAAGGGCCAGUCGAAAAGAAAAUGAGGGAAACAGGAGAGUGGCUGGCUACUAAUACUGAACCUAAAUUCCGCUCUUCUAGAAAAGGAAUUCUAAUGUUUAUGUUCCAAUGGAUGCUACCAAUUUGGGCUAUAUUACUCCUUGUAGCCUAUGGAGCCAUAAAGUUACCAUUCAGCAACUCUUCUCUUGAUGAUUUGCUCAUGUGAGCAUUGGUCAAUUGCUUUGAACUGUGGUAAAGUAUUAUAAAGUUUAAAGGGACCAGGUUCUAAUAUUUAUAUUUAAUAACAUAACAUUCUUACAUGUCCCAAAAGCUCAAGUUUAUACAUGCCCCAGCUUUAAUUUACCAGCGCAAUGUUAGAUUUUUUUUAUUGGAUCUACAGACACAUGUACAUUUCUAUACAACUGUAUACGUAUUUGUUUCAUUCAAGGGUACUUUCUAUUUAGG